AAAUAAAUAAAAUGGGAGGUAUGAGUUGGAGGCUGGAGGCAGAAAAAACAAGCAUAGGAUAGCAAAAGGGGGUUUGGGCAGUUCGAUUCUCAGCGUUUCUUUCAGUGCAGUGAUGGCUUUAACCCUACCAACCCACUCUUCUCCCACCGUUAUUCCUCUCCGGCGAACCCCAAAACCCACCCUCCGCCGCGCCAACCACCGCGUUUGCGUCGCCAGCGGCGGCGCUCCCCUCCUCCAAGUCAAUGACCUGAGGGCCAAAAUCGUGGAAUCCAACGUCGAGAUUCUCCACGGCGUUAACCUCACCGUCAACCAAGGAGAGGUCCACGCCAUCAUGGGAAAAAACGGUUCUGGCAAAAGCACUUUCGCCAAGGUUCUUGUGGGGCAUCCGGAUUAUGAAGUAACUGGGGGUAGUGUUGUGUUCAAAGGUGAGAAUUUGCUUGAGAUGGAACCUGAAGAAAGGUCUCUUGCGGGUCUCUUCAUGAGUUUCCAAUCCCCUGUUGAAAUCCCCGGUGUUUCCAAUGAUGAGUUUCUCGUCAUGGCCUACAAUGCCCGCAGAAAAAAGCUUGGUCUACCUGAGCUUGGACCGCUCGAGUGUUUUUCUUACCUGAUGGAGAAACUUGAGCUAGUUAACAUGAAGCCCGACUUUCUCAAUAGGAAUGUGAACGAAGGGUUUAGUGGCGGUGAACGCAAGCGCAAUGAAAUCUUGCAGCUCGCAGUUUUGGGGGCAGACUUGGCUAUUUUGGAUGAAAUUGAUUCUGGGUUGGAUGUUGAUGCACUCAGAGAUGUUUCCAAUGCAGUUAACCGGAUUCUCACCCCAGAGAAAUCUUUGUUGAUGAUAACUCAUUAUCGACGGAUUCUGGAUCUUUUGAAUCCCACGCAUGUCCAUGUCAUGGACAAAGGGAAAAUUGCAAGAACAGGCGACAUAUCAAUGGUAGAAGCUAUUGAGGCAGACGGAUAUGAAACAGUCUCUACUUAACAUAGUAUAGCUAGUAGGGAUGUGCCUUUCUCGGUAGUAUAAUCCUGGAAGAAAAUUAUUUAAACAUUGAAUCUCAAUAUCAUCAGUACGAAUAAGGAGCAGAAAAUAUUUUCAACAUGGAUAUUUGAGUUCGGGUGCACUACCAGGUAUGUAUGCAGUUUUAUAGUGAAGCAGUUUCCAUUUUGAAAACGAGGAAGCAGACUAUUCCGAGCUCAUGUCGGCAGAUGUUGAUGUUUGGUGACUUGGGAUGUACAUUCUUCUGAGCAUUAUUUCUGUAGGCUUUAUAGAGAAAUAUCGAAACUAUUGAACCUUGCAUUUACCAAAUUCUCAAUUGAGGUUUCGAAGUUCUGCAUUUGUUUUUUGUGUAAUGGCUUUUGCAUUUUUAACCAUCUACUUUUGGAUCACACAUGCCAACUUUAUCGCUAAUGCAAUUAGGAUUGUUAAUAUUAA